AUUUGCGACAACCCUAAACAUAACAAAACGAACAAAACAAAGUGCUUGAAGUGAUGUGAAAAUGUGCGGAAAAUUAUUCAAGAGCUGUAAUUUUUGAAAUCCUUGUGAAUCCGAAACUACGAUCAAUAUUCCGGGCUGUGCUAGAUACUGGUGAACUGCCUAAAUAUGGAAUCCUUCAGCCUUUUGAGCUGCAGAAUGUGCCUUCGGAUUCCGGCAGACGAUGUAUUAACAUUCUCUGUAUCCGACACGUUCAAAGGCAAACAACUAGACGAUUUAAUCGGGCAGCUAUUCGGCAUAAAGAUAUCUAAAGAGGAUUUCCUUAAUAAUGUGUGUGUAGAUUGUAUGGAUCGCAUCAAUACUGUUCGGACAAUUCACCAGCAAUUCCUCCAAAACAACGACAAAUUAAAACAAUUGCUAAAAACAUUUAACGAAGCUUCAGAGGACGUCGAAGUACUUGUCAUAGAUGACAUUCAUCUUCUAAAUGAGCACGAGUCACAUAAGUUGUCGGACGUUAAAACGGAUAUGCGUUUUAUGAAAUGCGAACCAGAACCAUCAUCACCCAUCAGCACACAUUGCGGAGAAGACGGUAAUGUAGUGCAACAAACUGACGAAGUUGAAAUUGAAUUCAUUAAAAGUCAACCGGUGGAUUUGGAUGACGAAGAAGUGAUUGAUCAUAAUCUGUUAGUAGAUGUAAUCAAUAGCAGUAUUCAGGACAAUGAAGUACUUGACCCUUGUGCACAUGUAACAGACAACACUUCGGAUAAUGUACAAAUUGAACAAAUCAUCAAACUCAAAUCCUCCACAAAAAAAGCUCAAACGGAUUUUCAAACUCCAUAUUUCAAAUGUUACUUUUGUAAGACGACCUUUCAACGGGAACUUGAUUUUACUGACCAUCUCCACGUGCAUUUUGGAGAAGUACCGCUAGUGUGCGAUAAAUGUGAUAACAUCGUGAUCAAAAGCGUGCGUCAGGCUAGCAAACAUUUGGCGCUACAUGACGAAGAAGAACGCCCCCACAAAUGUCGGAUAUGUCAGUUGCGGUUUUGUACCCGCGAAAACAGCCUAGCACACGAGCGCAAAAUUCAUCGAAUGAAGGUCAAGAUCAAGGAAAAUGUUGAUGGUUACGCCGAUAAGCAGAAGCUGAAAACGUUUAGGUGUAAAAUUUGUGGGCAAUCCGCCCCUAACUACCAAAGUCUGAGGAAACACGAGCUGACACAUGAUUCUCAUCAGCCUGUUCACACCUGCGAAGUAUGUGGCAAACAGUUCGCAGCUAGGAAAAACCUAACCAGGCACCUUAUGAUUCAUACAGGUGAACUCCCAUACAAAUGCGAAUUUUGCGAGCGGGCUUUCAGGCAAGCUGGAGAUCUGAAGGAUCACAUCAGAUGUCACACCAAGGAGAAACCAUACAUGUGCAACGGAUGCGGGAUGCGGUUUCGAAACAUUUCGAUGCUACACAUUCAUAGAAAAAAGCGACCAUGCUCAAUCGAUGAGUAGCGCGGGCGAUGGAUUAGUGUGCAAGUACAAGCUAUCAUAAAGGACGACAGCCGACCCGAAACUGACCGUGUGAAGUUUGUAAGAUCUAAUCCGUGAGGCGGUGCAAAAAGUGUUGUGUAAAUUGUCACGGAAUUCGUGCAUUUUGGGCCAUAAAUUAGGCGUCUCAUUCGGAAUUGCUCCCAAACAAACGGAUCGUGUGUGCGAAACGGGUGAAAAAUGUUCGAAAACCAGCAGCAGCUACUGAGAUUGCACGGGUGUAAACUUUUCAUCAUCGGCGAGAAUGACAACCUGGUCAACAAAUAUGGCCACAGCGUAGCAAUCGCGUGCUGCUAUGAUCCGCAAGGGAUGAGUGUCCGGGUGUUUCGGGAAGGCAGUCAACAACAGCUGGAAGAGUACCCGGUCAGCGUAAAAACGACCCAUCUCAACCAUGGCAUCACAUCACACAUUCUCAUCGUCGGGGGCGAAAUGAUCUACGUCAAGUUCGCCUCCGAGGAGGACUGCCAGUCGUUUCGGAUGCUCCUGCAGAACAUGUCCGGCAAGGUCAACUCAGUAUUCAACCUCCGCACGGAGGACUCUUCAGCAUCACAGUAUUUCCAGUUCUACGGCUAUCUCUCGCAGCAGCAAAACAUGAUGCAGGAUUUCGUGAGGACGAGCACUUACCAGAGGGCCAUUUAUAGCAACUCACAGGACUUCCACAACAAGAUAGUGCUGGAUGUGGGCGCGGGAUCCGGCAUCCUAUCGUUCUUCGCCGUGCAGGCCGGUGCAGCUAAAGUUUACGCAGUGGAAGCGAGCAAUAUGGCUCAAUAUGCGCAACAGCUGGUUCUCUCGAACAAUUUGGACGGCAAAAUAAUCGUAAUUGCUGGCAAAAUAGAAGAAAUUGAACUUCCAGAGAUGGUUGACAUCAUUAUCUCCGAACCGAUGGGAUAUAUGCUGUACAAUGAGCGCAUGUUGGAGACCUAUCUUCAUGGAAAGAAAUGGCUCAUACCGGAAGGAAAAAUGUUCCCUUCGCGAGGCGACUUGCACGUGGCACCGUUCACUGACGAAGCUCUCUACAUGGAGCAGUACAAUAAAGCUAACUUUUGGAUGCAAACCGAAUUCCACGGCGUAAAUUUGGUAGCUCUGAGGGACGCUGCCAUGAAGGAAUACUUCCGUCAGCCAAUCGUUGAUACAUUCGAUAUUCGCAUUUGCAUGGCCAAGUCAAUAAGACAUACAACAAACUUUUUGACCGCUGACGAGAAAGAUUUACACCGUAUUCAAAUUGAUGUUGAGUUCCAUAUCCUAGAGACAGGAACUUGCCAUGGGCUUGCAUUUUGGUUUGACGUAGAAUUUGCUGGUUCUUGCUCCCAGGUUUGGUUGUCCACAGCACCAACGGAAUCGCUAACUCAUUGGUACCAGGUUCGCUGUUUGCUACAAACUCCUAUAUUCGUUAAGCAAGGUCAAGUUUUAUCUGGGAAAGUAGUUUUGGCAGCUAAUCAAAGGCAAAGUUAUGAUGUCGAAAUGGACUUGAAAUUGGAAGGAACGAUGAUAACUUCCACCAAUACAUUAGAUCUUAAAAAUCCGUACUUCCGAUACACUGGUGCUCCAGUUCCGGCACCGCCUGGUUCGAAUACUACAUCACCAAGUGAGGCGUAUUGGGGACAACUAGAUGCUCAAGGUGCUCGAAAUGCAGUGAAUCUCGUUAAUGGGAUCACAGUGAACGGUCUUGGCGAAGUGGACAUGACGAUGAUAAACACCAACCUGAUGCCGAUUGGAAAUCAACCGAACAUUCAUCCCGGGCUUAUUUCCAGCACUGGCAGACAGCAAUCACAGCAGCAAACAACUCCGGCGCAACCGCUAACAAUGAAUCCUACUAUUGCAUGUGCGGCUACCUCAACGCAGAAUGUGGCCCAACAGCAACUAAUUGGUGGCGCUAUUUCUCCAUCCUUAUUUACGACACCCACGCAACAGAUCAUCAACAGUCACCAUGCACAGCCCAUCCAUGGUGCCCAGUUCUACUAAGAAAGACAGCAAUGUUCUCGUCGAGAAAGCAUAUUAAUCGAGCACUGUAAUACAUACAAGACUCCAACAACUACACUUACACACACAUACACUCAAGAAACGCUUUAUCAUCGCCGAUUAGGUUCACUGCGCUACUCUUAUAAUUAUUUAAUUGUAUACCACUUUUACUGAGAUUGACCGAGCGGGAUCCAAACGGAUACCCGCUGUCCGAAUAGAAUAUAUUACAAGGUAGUAAACUUUUAUUUUCAAAAGUUAAGUUCACUUUUUAUGUCUCCUAGUUUUAAAUAGAUUUUCCAAUUAAAUUGUGUCUCUGAAGCGUCAACCAGCGGAAA